CGGCAGAUGCGCUGGGGGUCACCGCACAGCUGGGAGUAUGGUGAAAUUUCCAGCGCUCACUAACUACUGGCCCCUGAUCCGGUUCCUGGUCCCUCUCGGCAUCACCAACAUCGCCAUCGACUUCGGGGAGCAGGCCUUGAAUAGGGGCAUCGCUGCUGUCAAGGAAGAUGCUGUGGAAAUGCUGGCCAGCUAUGGGCUGGCAUACUCUCUGAUGAAAUUCUUCACGGGGCCGAUGAGUGACUUCAAAAAUGUAGGUCUGGUGUUUGUGAACAGCAAGCGAGACAGGACCAAAGCAGUUUUGUGCAUGGUUGUGGCUGGCGCUGUAGCUGCUGUAUUUCAUACCUUAAUAGCAUAUAGUGAUUUGGGGUAUUACAUUAUUAAUAAGCUGCACCAUGUGGAUGAAUCAGUGGGAAGUAAAACUCGGAGGGCCUUCCUUUAUCUUGCUGCCUUCCCUUUUAUGGAUGCCAUGGCAUGGACCCAUGCUGGGAUUCUGCUGAAACACAAGUACAGUUUCCUAGUGGGAUGUGCCUCCAUCUCAGAUGUCAUAGCUCAGGUUGUUUUUGUAGCCAUUUUGCUUCACAGUCACUUGGAGUGCAGGGAGCCUCUCUUGAUCCCAAUCUUGUCCUUAUACAUGGGAGCACUUGUCCGAUGUACCACGUUAUGCCUCGGAUACUACAGGAACAUACAUGAUGUCAUUCCUGACAGAAGCGGGCCUGAAAUGGGGGGAGAGGCUACAAUAAGGAAGAUGCUGAGUUUCUGGUGGCCUUUGGCAUUAAUUUUGGCAACUCAGCGAAUAAGUAGGCCCAUUGUCAACCUUUUUGUCUCCCGGGACCUAGGUGGCAGUUCUGCAGCCACAGAGGCAGUGGCGAUUCUGACGGCUACGUAUCCUGUGGGACACAUGCCGUAUGGCUGGCUGACAGAGAUCAGAGCGGUAUACCCUGCUUUUGACAAGAAUAACCCCAGCAAUAAACUGGUGAACACCAACAGCACCGUCACAGCAACACAUAUCAAGAAGUUCACUUUUGUUUGCAUGGCAUUGUCCUUAACGCUCUGUUUUGUGAUGUUUUGGACGCCAAACGUGUCAGAGAAGAUUUUAGUUGACAUAAUUGGAGUAGACUUCGCUUUUGCAGAGCUGUGUGUUGUUCCUUUGCGCAUCUUCUCCUUCUUUCCAGUCCCAGUGACUGUCAGAGCGCACUUGACUGGUUGGCUGAUGACUCUAAAGAAGACAUUUGUGUUGGCACCCAGCUCAGUGCUGCGGAUUAUCGUCCUCAUCGCUAGUCUCAUUGUGCUGCCUUACUUGGGAGUUCAUGGAGCCACUCUUGGAGUAGGAUCCCUUCUAGCUGGUUUUGUAGGAGAAUCCACCAUGGUUGCAAUAGCAGCUUGUUAUGUCUAUCGGAAACAGAAGAAGAAGCGGAAUGAGAAUGAAACAGCUACAGAAGGUGAAGACUCUGCAAUGACCGACAUGCCUCACACAGAGGAAAUGACAGACAUCGUAGAAAUGAGAGAAGAGAAUGAAUAAUAAAUGGGAUGCAAUUGUUCUCUGCAGGGACGAUUGGAGUGACACUUCAGCAUCUUGUCGUCUCUCAUACUUUUUUGUUUGUUCGUUUUUAUUUUUGUAAUAAAGAGGCCUUGAUUUAAAAGGUUUCAGAUAAAUUCUCUAGCAUACUGAGUAUGCUCUCGCUGAUGAGGGACCUAAAAAGAGGUCUUUGCUUUUUUUUUUUUUUCCUCAAUUGAAUUUGUUUUCUCACUCCAUGCAAACAUAAAAGAUACAAUUGCAUCACUGUAGAGUCUUCCUUACUUAUGCAUCCACCUUCUCUGGACAAUCUGCAUUUGUCAACCAAAGCCCUGCUCUCUGUGCACGUGUGUGUGUGUGUGGGCGUUUGUGUGGGUGCAUGCACUUGCACGCUCACACACGCACACGCACGUGUGCCACUGGCUCAAUGCUACUGCCAUAAUCCUACUCCCUCCCCUCUUUCCUUUUCCUUCCUUUUCUUUAUGAGAAAUGUAAAGGAAAAGAAGUUUGGAAUACAGAGCUUUAUUUUACUUGCUUGAAAAUGACUUUGCUACAUAAACUAAUAUACUAUGGUGAACUAUAUCCUUUUGUUUGGCCUCAUCACUAGAGCUUAUACUGCACAGGGUACAAGACAGGCAGGAACGUGUAAGUCUCCGCAUUCAAAGUGGAGAAAAACAAGUUCCUCUCUCAUGUUAAAAGUUUGUGGAUGUGUAUAUACACACACAGGUACAUAAACAGAGACGUACAUAUAUAUAUUUAUAUAUAUGUAUGCAUACAAUAAAUAAAAUACACAUGGGACAAGAACUCUAUUUAGCUUUCAUUCCAAGAGAAAUGUAGUAAUCUUUUGAAAAAUGUAAACAUUUAAUUCAGAAUUUUCUUGAAUCGUUAAGCCCCACCUUACAUGUAAUUUUCUUUAGAAAAAAAAAAAAACCCAAACAUGCACUUUCCUCUUGUGAAGAGGGUGAUGGCAACUGAUAGACUUUGACUGUAUUUGAAUUAAAAAAAAAAUAAAUAUUGACAAGCUUUACCAAAGUUCUUGUCCACUGAUUUAACUUUAAUUUUUAAAGGUUGAUUUGCUCUACAUACCUAUUUCUGGUGCCUAUAUAUUUAAAAAAAAAGAAUCAGAUAAUGUGCUGGAUACCAUGGUAUAUCGCAUUACUACAUCAAGCUCCAUGAAAUUUUUUAUGUAGAGAUGUAUACACACACACACACACACGUAUGUUUUGCUAUAAUAUAUUUACCUAUGCAGCAGAUCAAAAUCCGUAUGGUGAAGCUCAAGUACUGAUGGUCCUCCAAGUCAUUAAUUAGGGACCUUGGUCAUACGUUAGUUCUCAAAGCAAGAGUUGGGUGGAAGCAGGGAGCUGCUCACAUCAGGCAGCAGCCAGUGGUGUACUCUGCUGCGUGGUUGUGGUUGAAGUGGGCCUUAAGUAACAGAGCGUCAGGUCGGGCGGGUGACUUGCAUCGGGUGGAAACGAAGCCGAUAUAAGAGGUGACCAAACCAGAGAGGGUUUGGGUGCCACCACCGAUGAUGGCUGCAGUAGCAGCUUCUGUUUCUGUGCUCCUCUGUGUUUGGCUGUGGGGUGGCGUUCGUUACCAGUUUGUAGUAGCUUGGGUACUUUCAGAUUUAAGCAUGCCAGAGUCUGGAAACCGUUACCCUCCAUGCUAUAUUCAUAAAUCAGUUAAUUUAAGCCUUAUUUAGUAAAAGUAUAUUUUUCUAAGUUGUGGAAAUGAUUAUUUAAUUGUGGAUGAAUUCCGUUUCUAGAUUUAUUUGCCAGGUAGUCCCAGCACUCAGAGAACUGAUCAAAACUAAACAUUACUUUAAAUGUUAUAUCAAUAUAUGUGUAUGUAGACAUACACAUGUGUAUAAAUAUAUAUAUAUUGUAUAUUAUGUACAUUUAUUUUAAGCUACAAUACAUUUCCUAUUUUUCCAAGUUCAGCUAAAAAUGUCUCUAAAAAACUAAAGAGUUGGCUAGUAACCAGUUAUGGCCAUCAUGAAAGGCAUUGUAUCAAUGAACUUUACAUUUUGUUGUAAACAUUUGUACCAAUUUGUUACAUGUGCAAAUGCAAUAAGACAAAAAUGUGGAAAUUAUGGUGUUCAGUGACAGAUUUGCAAAAUCAGUUCAUGGUUAAUGAGCAGUGACACUGGGAGGGUAAGACUAAAUCCAGUAACCACGCAUUUUUGGUGCCACCACAAGGUUGUUCUCCUUGUUUCUGACCAUAGUUUAAAAAAAAAAAAUUAAAAAAACCCUCAAACAAAUAAACUUUGUGCAGUAUGUAGACUGUACACAUUCAUGAAUACAGACUCUCAAACAGUCAUAUGUAUAUAAUGUGUGUAUAGACUGUUGCAGAUCACAGUGGCCAUUUAAGGUCUCUAUUCAUGUGGGUUUUGCUUUCUCCAGUGCAUUUGUAUCCAAGAUCACAAGAUGCAGUUUUUCAGGAACUGUAGAGAUAAAGCAAGGAAGUAUUUUAAUAUAGUAAUUCUUUUGGUACAUGAUUAAAAUUCAAAGGGCAGUAUUUUUGAAGAAUUUUGAACAUUACCAGUGUAGGUUUCAAGGUAAUAAUUGCACCAAAACCUAAAAAUUUGAAAAUAAAUGAAACACUGAAGCUUUUGCUUUAGAUAGAAGAUUAAAAAUAUCAAAAACUGAAUUAAUGUUGAUACAGAACUAAACUAAUAGUCCUGUAAAAGAUACAUUUUCAGUUGUGUGGGUAAUACAUAAUAGUCCUUUACUUUGCAAGAUGCCAAAUGAGCGCAGGAGCGGUGGGAUUUGGGCAAGGAUUCAAGCAGUGACAUAAUGACGCGUGCCUCGCAUCUAUUUCUGUGUCCAGCGGGUCGCGUAUUUCUUUACAUCGCUCUGCCAGAGUAACAAAACGUGCUGGUGUUUCUGCGGGGAGCGGGUCCGAACCAGCCCCUCGUGCCGGCCCGGGUACUGGCUGCGGGGGCAGGCAGGGCGCUCAGCGGGACGGUGCCUGCCCAGGGACCCCCCCGGCCCCCGCAGCCGCGGGCUCUGCUGCUGGGUAGUGCUGUCAGGAGCUUCAGUGACCACCUGAAACCCCACUGCUCCGGUUCCUGGUCGCUGCCGAAUUGAGCUGGGCCAGUGAGGCAGCCGGUCUGGCGGGUUACAGGCCGGGAGCGGGCAGCCAUCCUGUGCGGCUGAAGCCCCAGUCAGAGCAUUACUGGUCCCUGUGUCUCAGUCAGGCAGAUGCUGGUGCACGCCCUGUCCUGCACCUCUUCCUUCCCAAAAGGGCUUUCCUGAGUUCUAAUAAAAUGGCUCAGCUGCCUCUUCUGUGUUACUGCUUAUGAAAUUGCUGCCUAUCUCUGCGAUAAACACUUUACAAGAGAAACUCGUUCAGUUUCUGCUUCGGAGAGCCAGAGUGCAGUCAUCUCAGUGAAUUCACGUGGAGGUUUGGCCUUUCCAGACUUUCUUGAGAAUUACUGAAUUACACAAUUGAAGUUACAAUAAAAAGAGGAACAAAGUUGAUCUGCACCCUGCAUCUUAAAUUUCAGACUAUGGGAGAACAGCUCACACAGUGGGAAAUAAGAGCAGAACACCGAUAAGCAGUGGAUUAAUGUUCCUUGGCUUUUAAUACGUACGUAAAAUUGUGUUGACUUGUCUUGAGUUUUCCUUUUGCAGACUUAACAGGAAACACUGGUGUAUUUUUUCCCCUCACUGCCCUAAGCAGUGGACUCGAUGGAAGAGGCUCUGCGUUUCCCAGCCAGUGCUUUUGGGUGCAGCGGCAGGUUCCCAGGCGUGGGGCAGCCCAGCUCCCCGUCCCCCCUGCACAGCCGUUCCAGGCAGCAGCGCUCAGUUGCCUGCUUGUUAGAUAGAGACACCCUGAGUGACAGGAUUGGGUGAGUAACAGAGAAGUCUUUUGUUUUCUACUCAUUUUGCUGCUAAAUAUUUCCUUUGGGGGGGAGAGAUUUAUAUCUGGCUCUUGGUCCGUGUUUUGCCGAAUCUGCAGCCAGAGAAGGACCAGACGGAGAUGGAGGGCGAGCUGAUGAAUGCAGCCGAUUCAGGGCAGGCCACGACGCGUGAACAGAAACCUUUUGAAGGCGAGAUCGCCUUCUUUUGUGGGAUGGCGCCUCGCGCUUAAAAAGGAGGGAGAAAGGAUGCUUUCAGGCCCGGGUGCUCCUAGUCGCCGGGCAUAGUUGUGCGUUGGACUGCAAGGUGGCAACGGGGACGGGGCGUCCUGCAGCUCCGGCGUCCCAGCCCCGCCGACGCCGUCCUCGGCCUAAUGCAGGACGGCGCAGGGGAUGGGAUGGCGAGGCGGCAGUAUCAGCUCUGUCUCUCACUGGGAUUUUGUGGUUGUGAUGUGAUCCGUGCAGAUUUGAGUGCAGCUGGGUGUUACCUGAGCAUGGUUGCAGUAGCCACUGGUGUAUUGGAAAGCCACGCAUAUGUUUAUGUAUAUGCAUAUGGGUAUGUAUAGGAGAGUGUUACGCAGUCAGUUUUAUUAUGGCCUGUAUAUAGUUGAUUGGAACAAAGAUUCAAGCCUAAUCAUGAUCUUAAUGUGGGACUAAUACUAAGCCAUUUAAAAAAAAUUACAAUUUAAAGCUACGUAAAAAAGUAAAUAAAAGACCCUUUCAGCAGACCUUAUACCAAAAAGCUAAAGCAUGCUUUAGAUCAGUAAGCUGGAAUGGAGGAGAAAGGGGAAAUGUUGAAAAGCUUAUGGGUCUUGUAUAUCCAGCCUAAAGACAACAGCAUGGCAUGGAGACGAGUGAAACUGAGAGCAGAACACACCAGCGCUGUGGCUGCUGCCAUUUCCCUUUCAGCUGCCCUGGAAAGUGAAGAAUGAGGAGCAAUGUGUCCAUAAGACACCACUUCCAAAUAUUUUGGUUUCUGAGUGAAGGACCCAUCAGAGAGAGUACUAUGAAACAUCUUAGAAGAUUAUUUGCCCAGAGAAGUUGUGGCUGCCCGCCCCCCCCCCCCCCGGAAGUGUUCAAGGCCAGGUCGGAUGAGGCUUUGGGCAACCUGGUCUGGUGGAGGGUGUCCCUGCCCAUGGCAGGGGGGUUGGAACUAGAUGGUCUUGGUGGUCCCUUCCAACCCAAACCAUUCUAUGAUUCUAUGAUUAUUCAAGCAGAAAUAAACUGGCAUGCGGGUUUUAUAACAUGCCAAGAGGAAGCACUACAUAGCUUGCUGUUUCUGAGUAACUGGCAGGGCUGCAUUGAGGAAAUGUCACAUAAACAUUACUUAAACACAAGACAAAAUUAGCACAAUUUUGGUAUCAACUUGGCAUUUCCCAAAUACCAACUUAACCAUAAAAUGUUAGGAUUCCCUUCACUCAUUCAUGUUUACUUUUUUACUAGAAUGCAAGUGCAGAAUACCGUAUUUUUUGAAGGGCGCAAGCUCCCGCGGAGGGGGACCUGCAGUGCAGAGCAGACUGUGGUGGCUCUUUGCAGAGCCUCGGCAGCAAGAGGAGCUCCAAAUUUAUUCUGCGCCCUGCAACACACUGUAUUCAGUUGCAGCCUGACAGCGUCAUGAACCGAGGCAGAAUUGUUGGCUUAGCAGCAAGCCCGGUCCAAGCAUGGUCCCGACCUGCAGCAGCACUGUGGAGCAGCGGGAGGAUGCGGGGCGCAGCGGGAGCCCUGGCUCUCCGCUCCGGUUUGGGCAGCUCCAAAGCGUAGAUUUGCUUUGGAGAGCCAAGUUCAAUUGUUGGUACGUAGAUGCACUCCUCAGCAAAACUGUUGCCAGACUUCUGAGUAAUUGGCACCUUCUGAACAAAAAGGCCAAAGACAAAAUACGGGGGCAGAGAGAUGGAGCUUUAAGCUCGGCUUGGAGCGCACACACACAGAAGGGCAUUCUGGCUGCAGCUUGUGCAAGUUAACUGUACGGUUAGAGAGUGAGCUUCAGUCUCAGCACUUCAUAAUCAAGAUAUCCACUCUAUCUCAGUAAAACAGAAGAAUUGUGGUAUAUUUUUAGGUGCUCUUUUGUCUUUGUAACCCAGAGGGGAAAGUUUUCCUUAGUAUUACCAAGCCUUGUCACUGCUCAAAUCAAUUUAUUAGUUUUACCCCAUCGUUGUUUUCUGUCGUUCCUAAGUCAGUGUCUUCAGACGUUUCCUUAUUUUCUUCUGAAGGCUCCUGCUAGGCUGAUUUUGUCUGUUGGCAUUUUGAGAAGGAAAAUGUAACCAUCAUGCUGACUGAAUGUCAAGUAAUGCUGUGAUUAAAAAGUAGCUUACAACAAAACUCUUCUUUGACGGACUGUUUUUUACUUUUCAUUUGCUAAGCUGAAAAGGAGACCGAAGAAGUAGAAGGAAUUGGGGGGUGUCUUUAUUUAAAAUCAAGAAUUAAAAGAAUUAAUUCAAGUUCAUUACUUAACUCCAGCCACUUUGUGACUUUCUAAUGAUCCGUAAGACCGUGACCCAAACUUUUCCAGCAAAGUUAGCACUGCAGCGCAGAAUAGUUUGAAACACUGGGAAACACAAGACUUCAUAUAUUUCACAACUAAAUAUAUAGCUUAACGAGAUGGAGAGCCUGCUCAACAGGGGCAAUCCAUUAAGUUUAAAAUUCAGCUGGACGUGAGCAGCCUGAUCCAAUGUCUAAGGUGGCCCUGCUUUGAGCAGGGAGGGCGAGAUAAGAUGACUGCCUGUGGACCCCUUGUGACCUAAAUUGUUCUCUGAUUCAAUCAGGAACCUAGAGAGGUUCCUUCGUGUUAAGGGACUUGAGACAGCUUGCCUUUUUUAGGCUUUCAGUUCAGGGUUGAGAGACAGUGCCUACUAGGGCACUACAAUGUAGCUAUCUAAGCAAAAAUCUGAGCCGCACAGAUUAUUUUGCUGAUGACAAAACUUCCAGAUUGCAGAGCCAGCUGUAAAGUGCCCUCCCACCCUCUGGGAGCCCACAAGGAGGGCAAAGCAAAAAUAAGCUAUUGUAUCUGCAGAUGAAAUAUUUGAGUACUGUACCGCAUUUUUUCAAUUAACUCUCUAAGCAAAAAUGCCUGAAACCAUCAAGCAGUUGCAUCUAUUACCUGAGUCCUCCCAUCUCUCAUGUGCAUCAUUCAGCAUUUAAAAAAAAAGCUACCCUUUCCGAUAGCUUCCCUUUGUAAUCAAGGUAAUGCAAAAUAAAUACUUACAUUUACAUAAUAAAACAGCUUGGCAUAUCUACAAAUGAGAGCAUAUAAAUCCCGUCUUAGGAAAAGAUGCAUUUUAAAAUUGGAACAACGGCUUUAUCCGUAAUUCAGCAAACACACAACAGAAAAGCAAAGAAAAAAAUGCAGAACUGGAAAAAAAAAUUGCAAAUGCAUUCACUUUUAAUGAGAAUACUGCCUGGGUGGAAAGUAAAGUGUAUGUACAGAUGCAGAAGACAGCAGAGCCUGGAACCAACAUGCACUGCUCAACUUUGUAGUUUGCUCUCCAAAGCAGCAUUAACAUAACUCUGCUUUUGUGUCCUAGUACAAUAAAUGAAAAAUCCUUUGUAAGCUAUAAUGAAACAAUUGGAAGGCUACAGGCAACAAGUUUACUGGAUACUUGGAUCAACUGAUUUUAUCCACAGAGUUUGCAAGCACAACAAAAUUGCAAAAGCAAAACUUCCAAAAAAGUUGAAGGUCCAUACCUAUUUUUGGAGCUGACACACCCUUACUUAUUACCAUCAACAAACUUUUUAAAAUAAAUCUAAUCGCUCUUUGAAUAACGUAGUUCAAAGUGCACUUCACUUACUUUAGGUUUAAUAAAAAUCUACCUGCAGUAUCUUGUAUAUUUUUAAAAAGCAAACGCACAAGAUGUGAAAUUCAACCUGUGUUUUUAAACUGGGCAGAAACCCCCACCACCAUCAUAAAGGCAAUCAAGCUUAGAUCAUGUCAGCUUUUGAUUUUUUCAGAACAUUGCUGUCACUGCUCCGUUAUUUUAGAUCAGCUUUUGGUGUCGCUGCCUCUGCCUUUCUUUCCUGAGGCCAGGAGCCUAUGGAGGGUUUGUGGUAAGAGACACAGGCAUGGCUGGAGGACCCCAGCGCUCGUCUGCUGAGAGGCAGGAUGGCUUCAGGUGGGAGGCACGGAGCUCCUUCAGCCAGAUGCGGCUUGAUGGCUCGUCACUCCACUGCUGCGCGGGAGCUGGCGGCAGUGGUCCUCCCCAGGGCUGGCUGGUUGGAGGAGGAGAAAAAGAAAUAGACGUUCCCCAUUGUUGCUGGUGGGGUUGAAGUUGGGAUUGCAGGUGGUGUCAGAGCCCCCUACGCUGCUUGUGUUAUUUGUUCUGUGACACUGGCAGAGUGUGUUACUACCACAGGCCACAGAAAUCCAAACUGGAGACCAAGGACUCGACUCUGCAUGGUGGAAUGGCUGAAAUGUGUUUAAUGGUGUUUGGGCAGUGCGGCAUUCCCAAGCUUUGAGAAAGCCUUGCUUCAUCUAUAGCGGACAGAAAGCUUCUGGGAGUGCCUGAGGAGAUGCACACGAGUGUCAAGUGAGUGUGUAUGUGGAGAGAGAGGGUGAGAUGGCUGCAAAUGAAUGAGUUGAAGUGUGUUUUGCAGGCACCCCACACUGCAUUACUCUGCAAGGACCAUACUGGUGGGCAGAGAGAACCAUAGUCCCUUCAUUUAUCAGCUUUAGUGAAAGGUUCAAAGGCCUUUAAAGGUUAUCAGGCAGCAUCACUAGGUACUAGAUAAAACCAAAAUUUAUAGUGGUAGGAGCACAAGAGACUGCAAACUUUGCCAUGCCUUUUGCAAUGGAGAAAGAAGCAACCUUCUCACAUCCUGCUCUCCAUCUUCACAUACAUGAGCAGGGGAAGCCACAAGGUCACUCUAGAAAGAAACUGAAAAAAUUGAGCAAAAACUAAAGGUCAGAGCAGAAGACAAGGACUAUUUUGUCUUCACAGCAGGAAAUCAUCAUGGGGGAGAGCCAAAUUUUAUGGAAGACCCCCCCCCUAGAAACUCUCUCGGAGAGGAUGCAGUUUCUGAAAAGAAGUUCAAUGCAGUGUUGAUCGCAUUGUGUGAGGUCAGACUGCACCAUUUGUAGAGUAAUACUGCAAGGAUAGCAGGUUCUCCAAUCUCAGAGAGGUGCUAUAAGGAUAAAAUUCACUAAUGCUGGUGAAAGAUGCUUGGAUACUACAGGGAACAGCACCACAGAAAUGCCUAAAAAUACUGAAUUCAUAUUUGCAUGUUCUAAUUGUGCCUUUGGGUUCUCUAAAAUUGACUUGUUCUUAGUUUCAUGGAAAUACUUUAAAAAUUGGGAGCAGGGAGUAGUGUCUGGAAGCAGCAUCCUAAAAAAGGGCAGCACAAAGUCUGAGGAGUCUUGCUUGGGCAAGAGGGGAAAGGAUGCUUGGGGGCCUCGUCUUUUCCCCACCUGACGCCCUGACCAUGGAGUAUUCUGCAGGACAAUGGCUUGUUCUGUUCUCAGCAGGCUUACAACACCGAAAGAGGCAAGGGCAGUAGCUGGCCACAUUUCAGGGCAUGCUGCAGUGACACUGGGAUUAAGGUCAAUUCUCUAAACACCUUUCUGUAGAGAAAAAGCCUCAUUUUUUCGGUUCAUUUGUGUAAUUUGAAGGUAAAUCUGAGAACUAGGCAAAUGCAUAUUUGACCUGAGAGGUAUCACUUGUUUUUCAUUUCUUUCAGAAUAUCUUUCAGUAGCAGAUUCAGAUUCUUUCCUUCAGGAUAAAGCUGUCUUUAUGCAAAGCAGUGUGCCUAAUAGCCAUCCACGACUACUUAAACAAGUCAAUUUUGCAAGGACUGUAGGUGUCAAGCCAGAGCACCGUUUGGGACUACAGUACAGGGAUCCUAGAUUUUAAAUGAAAUGUUACCUCACGCAUCAUUUUCUGUCAUACUUGUAGUAUUCCAGUUGAUUUUUCUUAAAAUAUAUGUUGCUUUCUGUAAGUUGGACACAUGCUAAAGCUACGGGUUUGGUUUUUUUAAUGACCAUUUUGCUUUGCUUUAAACAUGUGGGUUUUCUUUAAACUCUAAAGAAACCAAUGAAGGUUAAAACUUUGUACAUUUUUAAACGACUGCUAAGGUCAAAAGUAUAAAAAUACAUGUUGCAUUAAAAUUGAGUGCUGUUUAUGUAUUUAACAGAGAUGUAUGUUUUUGCAUUGUUAAAAAGAAUGAUCUAUGCUUUCUUUGGGGGGAGGAGAGGGAUCUGUGCUCCAAUAUUGUCCAAUAGC